CACCCUCUUGUUCCCUCUAUAAAUACUGCAGCCGUUCAUUUCUUCCCUCCCUUUUCCCUCGCUCUCCUCUCUCUUCCUGCUCCGAUUAGCAUACCGUACAGUUACCAUACAUAAUCCCUCCCCCCUCAUGGCCUUCUCAGAUUAUUACUGCAUCGAUACGGAUGGCUUCUGGGCGAUGUCGCCGCCGCAGCUCGAGUUCGGACCCGAUCCCACAGCGAGCCCAUUACUCCCGACCGAAACAACCCCGGCGGCGGCGUCCUCGCCCGAGGUGGAGGCCGGUGACGCCGCGGCGGCGGGGUGCGCCGACGAGCGGCGGCUCCGGCGCAGGAUCUCGAACCGGGAGUCCGCGCGGCGGUCCCGCGCGCGGAAGCAGCGCCGCCUCAACGAGCUCCGGGCCAGCGCGGCGGCCCUGGAGCGCAGGAGGCGCGAGCUCGCGGCGCGCGCGCAGGCUGCGCGCGGCCGCCUGGCCCUCGCCCGUCUCGCGAACGCCGGGCUGCGCGCCGAGGCCGCCGCGCUGUCGCGCCGGCUCCUGGCCACCCGCCGCGCGUUCACGCUCGGCCGCCUGUACCACGCCGCGACCAUCACCGCCGCCGCCGGAGGCAGCGGCAGCGGCGCCUGCAGCCAUGGGUUCGUGGACAUCGAGCAGACGAUCGCCUCGCUGAUCGCGUAGCGCGCGAUCGAGGAACCAAUGCGCGCGGCGGCUGCGCUCAUGUGUCAUGCAGCGAGCGUGCACGAGCUGCCGAGCAAGGCCAACCUUGAUCGAUCGGAGAAUGCUGAACGAAAUGCAGUGCACAAUCCUGAAGUCAUGUACAGUAGAUGCAUUACUACAUGCUGUCAUAAAUCUUUGGCAAAAAUGAUGAACUGAAAGAUUGUCGUCGAA